AUGUUCGAACUAAAAAUAGGAAAAAGCAGCAUAGACCCAAAGGAAGAAAAGACAACUGAUGAGAAGUGCACAUUUUCGUUCUUUAAGAAGCUUCUAGAAGGCCUGCACGAAAUUGUAAAGCAGCUAGAGAUGAAAGUGACGACAGAAGGGAUCUACAUCCAGGCCAUGGACAGCAUGCAGGUAAGCAUGCUAGACAUUUUCCUCAAAAGCACCGCAUUUGAGAGCUUUAGGUGUGACAAGAACCUUGUGCUGGGAAUACCACUCUCCUUUAUUCUCAAGGUUUUCAGAAGCAUGCCUGUAGAGGACAACCUCUCUGUGCUUCUAUCCGCGAACGACGAGGCAACAGACCUGCACAUUGUCUGCGAGGACGAAGGAAAGCGGUACAGCUAUCACAUUAACCUAGUUGAUGUGGGCAGUGAUCAGUACACUUUCCCAAGCGUGGAGUACUCUGCAGUUAUCUCUUUCAUGUCUCCGGAGUUUCAGAAGGUGGUUAAGACGCUCGGGGCCUUUGGUGAGGUUUUAAAAAUCACAGCAACCGAGAAGGGGUUUGUGUUUGAGCAGCGGUCAGAGUUUGGAAACACAGAAGUGUCGUUUAUGAUCAAGGAUGUUCAGGAGAACACAGAAAACAAGGACUUCUCCAUUGAGAUAAAGGAAAGUGCAGAGCUCUCCAUACCAUACAAGUACGUCUCGCUUUUUAGCAAGUUUGGAACUCUGGGGGCAAAGAUCACUCUCAGCAUGGCAAUGGGCAUGCCUGUGUAUCUUACCUCAGUUAUGAAUGUUGGAUAUCUUCGCUACUAUAUUGCACCAAGGGACGACGAAUAG